UUUGUUUUUUUUUCCAGAAAAUGUUGGCUUGAAUCUUCAUUUGUGGGCAUUCGACCAUUGGACUCACCCCAGACGCCAGUUAUUGAAAGCACACCAUUUAUCGCUGCAGCAGCAGCAGCAGCGGCAGCCGCCAACAACCGGUCAAUCUUACAGAGUAGCAACAACAACAACAAUAGCUUCCAUUUUGCCAAUCAUCAGUUUGCCACGACGACGGAUGCCAGCGGCAGUGCGGCGGCAAUUGUAACGGCGUCAGCAUUUCUAAAUUCAUCGGCGCCUCUAACCGGAAAUGAUCUACAACAAUUAACACGUAUGAACGGUGGUCUUAAUAACGGUACGACGACGACGACGCAGACGACGAGUAGUGGCGGCGGCGGAGGUUUACAACAACAGUAUCACCACCACGUCGAAUGCGAACAACUAGCACCAGAACGUUCCCUGAGUAACGCAUCGCUAGAAGAUGUUUUAGCCUCCCUAUUAGGAUUAACCCCACAUCCUCAACAACACCACCUUCUCCUACAACAACAACAACCACCACAACAACUACAGCAACAGCUGCCCCAACAACAACAGACAAUUGGAGGCAAUCAACCGCCAUCAUCAGGGUCAUCCUCAUUAGCCAGUGACGCAUUUAAUGCUAGGUCCAGCACAGGCCAGCAACAACAACAACACCCCGAUACCAACUUGUCCUUACUGGGUAUCUCCAAAGAGGAACAGCAACGCCUGAGACGCCGCAGCGAAGGAGAUCAACAACAACAGCAACAGCGCCAGCACCAACAGCAGCAUCAACUCGAACAGAAGUUCCAGCAUCAGACUGCAAAUGCCAAUAAGGCAUAUGCCAGUGAUACUAUCACCACCCUCGCCCACGCCCAUUCGGCGGCAUCUUCUGCAGCCGGAGGCGGAGCAAAUGGCACGUUCCUGCCACCAGCACGGCGUGUAUCGCUCGGCGACUCCUCAGAGUCGAAUAAUCGCAGCGCAGCCUCGGCCACCGCUAACACCGCCGCCACGUCUGGUGAGCUGCAGGUCAAGUGCCGAAAUAACAAGUGCGAUCGCACUGCCACGCCCCUCGACGCCAAAAAGUAUUACAAGUCAUGCCACAAUUGUACCUAUCUAUAUUGUUCGCGUGAAUGUCGCCGAGCCCAUUGGGAGAAGCAUCGUAAAGCGUGUCUCCACUCCCGUGUCUCAAAUCUGUGCCGCCAAGUGUUAGCAUCGUGCAAGGAUGACAGCGACUCGUUGCGCCAUCUGAGUUUGCUGGCCCGCAAGGGUUUCCUGUCACAGGGUAGAGGGGUGGUGAGGAUCCUAUUUCGUUCUCCCGAAUCGGCGGAGGGUUUCAUCAAGAAUGGAUUCCAGUGUAUGGGUGAGGCUUCAUAUGUCCGUUGGCCGGAUCUAAUGCCGGCUGAAAUGGGCCUAGAGCUCUAUUCCGAAUUACUGAAAUUGAGCACUGAAUAUCGCCCUGAUUCCAAAAUGUUGGUCUAUGUCGCCGUGUGUGUUGUCUCCGAGGCCCCCAGUGUGGGUCAGGCCCCCGUGCGUUGGGAACGCCAAUUGGUUUCACGUUGUGCCAAAUUGAAGCUCUGCAAAACAGUGCUCGCCGAACUGGAGCAGCAACCCACGGGUAUGCUGCAACAACCUGUGACCAUGGUUGCCGUACCCGAACCCACAACGGAGGUCCUAAUCCUUACCUUCAAUCCCCAGCUGCGUAACUCCACCACCCAACGAGAAAUGGUUCUCUCGAACAUCUUGGAUAUCCUCUCGCGACGUGGUGUAAUUUUACGUAAACACUACCCCGAAAUUUUCCAACGUUUUCAAUCCUACACCGAAGGCCAGACAGAGAAAAUCAAUCCCGUCACCCUACAUCCUCGUGAUUCGCAGACCGGUCAGAAUUUCGUAUGCAUUAUAAUGCCUGUACAAUCGGAUACAGAAAUUAUUAAACUACCCUCAAUGGCGGAUGGCGGUAAUCGAGUGACCACAAUUGAUGUGGGUUCGCCCACGGCCAUAACCCAACUGGAGGAUAAUGAAAUGUUGACGCGUACCAGCAUGGCGGCCAAUGCAAGUUGAUUGAAGUCAUCACAA